AGAACUUGACAGAGGAACAGAAAAAUGAGUUCAAGGCUGCAUUUGACAUCUUUAUCCAGGAUGCAGAGGAUGGCUGCAUCAGCACCAAAGAGUUGGGGAAGGUAAUGAGGAUGCUGGGUCAGAAUCCCACCCCUGAAGAGCUACAGGAGAUGAUUGAUGAAGUGGAUGAGGAUGGCAGUGGCACAGUCGAUUUUGAUGAAUUCUUGGUUAUGAUGGUCCGCUGCAUGAAGGAGGAGAGCAAAGGAAAAUCAGAGGAGGAGUUGGCUGAACUGUUCCGCAUGUUUGACAAGAAUGGAGAUGGCUACAUAGACUUAGAAGAGCUGAAGACCAUGUUGGAGUCCACUGGAGAGGCCAUCACAGAAGAUGACAUUGAGGAGCUGAUGAAGGAUGGGGACAAAAACAAUGAUGGAAAAAUUGAUUAUGAUGGUACGGGAGCAAGCACAUUAGUAACACAACAGACACCAACUGUAUAUCCUUCAACGUUCAAAUGCAAAGAUUUUACAUUUGCAAUUAAAUUUGGCAGGAAACAUAUCCUUCAAACUGAACAAAAUAAUACAUUGUUUGCCAUCAACUUCCACAACAUUUAUGAGCAUUCCUUUGUCAUUGAGAGAGUCACACUCAAAAUAAUCAAAGAUUCAGAAAACCAAGUGACCUACAGGUGAGAUGAGGAUGGAGAAGGUCUCAGGUACUUGACCGUGCAGGGCUUUAUAUGUGAAAAUCAAGGCCUUGUCCACAAGUAGAGGGGUAUUUUUGUAAACAGUUUUUUCUAUGCAUUUUAGGCAUUACACACCCAAAUGGCGAUUUAGGUCACUGAAAACUGAACUUUUAAAAAAGUCUAGCCAAAGUGAAGAUUUUUAGAAACCCUGUUCUCAGUGUUGACACUGAGAACAGAGUGUAGACAGGGAAACAAAGGCGGCAUACAUACAUCUAGUAAUGGCAGACAUGGUUAAAUAACCUUGCUUACAGGACUUUUUACUACAUAUGAAGGUACAGGUACUCUUACCUUCCUCUCAGAAGACCACAGUAAUGAACUACUAAUUCAGUUUUUUUAACUCCUUUAUUAUAGUUUAACACACAAAGCAAAUUGUUUCUUGCUCUCUGUUCAAUUAUGCUGUCAGUUUACACAAUGUGCAAUGUGAUUGAGGAACAGAAUGCGAGAACAAUUGGGAAAAUUCCCAAAUAAGGAGCAGUUGUCCUGAAUCCUGAAUCUUGUUCUGUUUGUAAUGAAAAUUAGACUAAUCCUGAGAUUUGAUUAGUUACAGCCUAAAAACUUAAAACUGAAUGUUACAUAUUAUUUCUGUAUUUUACACAGACGGGUACUGUUGUAGUCUAGAUGAGUUAUGACUGUGGUUCUUUAGCUGUGUACAAUGGUGAUACAUAGCUAUUACGAUGUUGAUUUAAAACAUUGACCGUACAAAAUCAAACCAUCCAUUGCUGAAAUUGGGCCCAGUGUCUUGGGACCUGCUGAAGAUCCAGCCAAACAGCAAAAUGUUUCUGGAAGUAAAUGGUAAUGGUAAAUGGACUUGCAUUUGUAUAGUCCCUUUCUAGUCUUCCAGCCACUCAAAUCACUUUAACACUACAUGCCAGUCACCCAAGGAAGACUAGAAAAGCGCUAUACUACAAGUCCAUUUACAAGUCACCAUUCACACAAUCAAACACUGAUGGCUACCACUUAAGAUGCCACCUGCACAUCAGGACCCAUUCAAACACUGAUAGCACAGCAAUCAUGAGCAAUUUGGGGUUCAGUGUCUUAGAUCGUAGUGCCGAUCUUCCAAUUGGUAGACAAUCCACUCUAACUCUGAGCCACAGCUGCCCCCUAUCAGUACCGACAGGAGUGGAUAGGUAAAUACCUGUGGAUCAUUUCUGCCCUAUGAGAUCCAAACAAAGCGUUGUGUAUGGUCUGCAGGACUAUACUGUUCUUUGACACUGAAAGUAAUAUAUUUGAGGUCACGCCCACCGUGGCCAUGUGACCACACCCACCUCAAACUAGGAGCGGGUCUUGGAAUGAUGGAUGGAGGAGAGUAAUGAUGGACAGCUGACGUCCAGUGGCUGGUAGGAACUGGGAGUGGAGACUGUCUCUUCAGAAGCUCUGAUUAUGCAGAGUCCCUUGUGGUUCCUGUAAUCAUACGUGUGAGUGAGUGAGAAAUAUAGAAAGAAAAAGGGGUUGGGGGAAGGAUGUUGAAGCUGAGUCAAAGAGGAAGUCAAUGGGUCAGUUGUGUUUAAAUACUUUGUGCAGAGUAAAUGAGAUAUGUUUGGGGCGUGGUUCUUGUUCCCUAACCAAGUUAUAAUAGUUCAUCUUGUGUGGAUGGAUUUUUUUUUAGAACGGAGGAAAAUUGCUGUUUUCAUAGAAAUAUCCGUGAAAGGCUGGACAACCUUAAAAGUAAAUCCUGAACUUAAUGGGAAGCCAAUGUAAGGAAAAUAAAAAGGGUGUAAUGUGAGUUACUGUACUGAACCUUGUCAAUUGCAGUGUUGUAGUCGGGAUGAUAUGAAAAGCGUGAAUGAUCGCUCUCUCAAGCUCAGGAUGUGAUACACCUGACCUUGUCAAUUCUACUGGGUUUUGGAAUGAGGAGAAUCAAUCAUAUGUCAUAUCUUCAAUACAAAAAAAAUUAUAAUUAAUUAAUUAAAUACACACACGCGCGCACGUAUA